AUGAGCACACCUAUCAAGGACACGGAUGACCAAGUUCACACCAUUGAUAAGAAUGAAAUUAGGGAAUUGAAAGCCUGGCUAGCCAAAUCUAAUUGCCAACAUUUGUUACAAAAAUUUAUCGACAAUGGUAUCACAGUUGAUCUAUUACCUGAGUUGGAUUCAUAUUGUUUGAAAGAAAUUGGUGUGGGCAAAUUAGGAGACCGAUUACGAUUAGAGAUCGCUAUAAAUGCAUUGAAGGCUGAUAAUUUGAAAAACUACAUCGAUAUUGGUGAGUUGUAUAAACGAUUAAACUUGGAAUUGGUUGCCACGACGCCAACUACAGGAAACGACAUCUACAAUGUGAGUUCCGUUAACUUAACAGGAUCCAAUAGUGAGGCAACCUUACCACAGCUAAAUAGUCAUAAUUUGAGUAACUUGAAUAAUCAACUUUCACUGCUGCGACUGCAAGUGCAACUACAACAACAACAACAACAACAACUACAACUACAACAACAACAACAACCAAGUACACCCAACAAGGAUUCCAAAAAGACAAUCACUUUCAUAUUACAAGAUGGAAGUGUUAAGCGAGUCAACAUAACUGGAUGCUUCAAUGCACAGGCCAUCAAACGAAAGAUUGCCAAAAAAUUGGGCUUCAAAUCACACACUAAUCAGUUUGACACUUAUAUUCAUUCGCCAUUUAACGAUUUAAGAAACAAAGGUGUGCACGGCACCAACUCCUCAGUUGUUCUUUUGUAUGAUGUUGAGUUGGUGACAAUUUGUUACUCUCCGGAUCGAAUGGAAAAGCAUAGGAUCAUAUUGGUUCCCAAGGGAGAAACGCCAACAAAAGCAGCUAUUGAAACUUCGAAUUUAAUUAUGCAAAAAUAUGAAGGAACCAGUGAACGACAAAUAUCACUGGGACAAGGAAAUGCGGCGUUGUCAUCUUCAUCAACAGAUCUUGUUAAUACAAGACCCAAUAUGAGAAACUUUUUUGGACAAAGACCGCCUAGUGAGUUAAUUUCAUCAAAUUUGGCAGAGUAUUUCCCCGACACAAAACAAAAGGAUUUGGAAAAGACCGUGAGAAAUUCAGUUCGACACAGUGUGAGGUUAAGUAAACGGCUCAAUUUACCAAUGGGUACAUUCUCCUCCAGUUCAGUGGCAUUGAAUCCAAGAGCAUCAAUGAUGAGUAACUCUACUGGCUUUAUGUCACACCGAACAAUGAGUAUAUCUUCAGGUGAUCAAUUUGGAUUUGGUCAUGUUGGUCCUGGUUUUGGUGGGCUAAGAAGAGAUCAUCUUCCUCAUCGAACCGUUGGUGAUAUUAUGGUGAAUAACAUAUCUGCAAUUGAUGAAGCAGUUGUCACUAAUGAUACAUCUAGUAUGUUUAACAAACCUGCAAAUCAUUUUCAAAACCAGCACCAAAUGUCUGGAUUGGGUGCCCAUGUCUCCUCCACUUCACCUCCAAUGAAUUCACAAAUUUCACGAGUAACCUCGCACAACCAGGAUGCUCGAUCUGUGAUUAGUAAUGCUAGUGGUAGUGCAUUGCAUCGGAUAUCGUAUUGUCUUCCCGAAUCCGAUCUUGAAGGUAGUCAAGCAGGGAAUGGUGGUGAAAACCGUCGACAUUCCACUAUACAACUCUUGGAUGCUAAUAUUUCCGAUGAUGAAGUGGACGAAAUGGAUGAUGAUAUUAUUGAAGAGUUGGACACAAAUGGAUUUGAGCAUGGUGUUCCCGAGAAUUGGUUAAAAGGAGCCAAGAUUGGAUCAGGUAGUUUUGGUACUGUUUAUCUUGGUAUGAAUCCAUUCACUGGUGAAUUAAUGGCAGUUAAACAAAUACCAUUGCAUACCAAUAAGCUCAAGUUGAUGGAAAACCAGCAAAAUAAACUGUCGCAAAAAGUCAACAUUGUGGAAGGUAAAGAAAAAUCUCAUCAUCAUAAAAGCGAUCACCAUCAUCAUCAUCAUGACAAUAAGAGUGCCCAGAAAAGCAAUGGUAAAGACACUCCAUCGAGAGCAACUACUCCUGUUUCAGCUACUUUUCAACUGCAGCAGCAGCAGCAGCAUCAACAGCAACAGCAACAGCAACAGCAACAGCAACAGCAACAGCAACAGCAACAGCAACAGCAACAGCAACAGCAACAGCAACAGCAACAGCAACAGCAACAGCAGCAACAGCAACAGCAGCAACAGCAACAGCAACAGCAACAGCAGCAACAGCAACAGCAACAGCAACAGCAACAACAACCACUGCAGCAGCAACAACAAAAUUCAGAAUACCCAGCACCUCCCCCAUUACCACAAAAGGAUACAUCUACUCCAACACCCAUUCUGCAACGGAUUGCCGAUCAGGAGAGAGAAAUGAUGUUACUAAAGGAUUUAAAUCAUGAGAAUAUAGUUCGAUACUUUGGUAGUUCGAGUGAUGAGAAUUACCUCAAUAUCUUUCUUGAAUAUGUGCCUGGUGGCUCAGUACAAACAAUGUUGAAUUCAUAUGGACCAUUUGAAGAACCAUUGAUUCGUAAUUUCAUAAGACAAGUAUUGAUUGGGUUAAACUAUCUCCAUGGAGAAGACAUUAUUCAUCGUGAUAUCAAAGGAGCAAACAUUUUGAUUGAUAUAAAAGGUACUGUUAAAAUUGGUGACUUUGGAAUAUCGAAAAAAGUUAGUACUAUUGAUGAAGAAGAUGAAAAUUUGAAAAAAACAGGUAAAAGAGCAUCAUUACAAGGUUCAGUGUUUUGGAUGGCACCAGAAGUUGUUAAACAAACCACGUAUACUAAAAAAGCGGAUAUCUGGUCAGUUGGUAGUUUAAUUGUUGAAAUGUUCACAGGUAAACAUCCAUAUCCUGAAUUGAGUCAAAUGCAAGCAUUAUUUAAGAUUGGUAAUCAUAUACCACCAACAAUACCUGAGUGGUGUACUGAUGAAGCAAGAGCAUUUUUGGAAAAGACAUUUGAAUUACAUUAUUCAAGGAGACCUCAUGCUAGUGAAUUGUUGAAUGAUCCAUUUUUGAAUGCAUUGAUUAUGUCGAAGCAGUAA